UGGGUGAAUCAGUGGAUUUUAACCGCGCCCACUGCUUUCGCCGUUUGGAAGAUGGCUGCCUGUAGGAAAAUGGAGUGUCGUCUGACUUGUCUCUCUGUAUUUUUGCUAUUUUCGUUGUUACUUCCUUCGAGCUCAACGAACGAUACAUCAAACGUAAUAGCUUCCUCUCCAAAAAAUGUGUCGGUAAAGGCAAUUAUCCCUGAAGUUGCAACUAAAAAUGAAACUGUCAAAACUGAUUUGAAGACUGUGAACUCUCCGCCAUUGAAAACAGAUAACAUAGACAAAGAAAAACCCUUAAAUAUAUCAACAGUGACCAACAAAACUCAAAGCAUAACACCUAAAGACAACAAGCCAGCAGCAAAAGCUACAAAUACAGACAAAAAGAUAACCACCACAACACCAGCACCACCACCAGUUACGUCUGUGGCAGCUCCUACAACAGCUAAGAGCACUACUAUUACCACUACAACAACUAGGAGGACUACCACCACCACCACCACUACAACAACUGCCAAACCAAAACCCAAGAAACCCCCAGUUCUCCUCACCACUAUCCUUACUGCAACCGAAGCAAAGAUUUUGAAGGAAGAUAACUUAUUACCAACGCGGCCUGGUUACGAAGACAGUUCUCCCACCACCAUCAUAGAUAUUGACGUUUAUGAAGAGGAUUAUCUGGGUUUGCAGUCGCCCAUUGACCAGGAGCAGAUAGGCAAGAUGAAUGACGUAAAUGCCAAGAGUGAGCUUAUUGAAGACGUGGACAAAGGCAGUGACCUGCCUGAGAUUGCAGUCCACAUCAAGGACACCACCAUUUACUCUUCUGAAGACGAAGACUCUCACUUUUUUUUCCACCUGGUGAUCAUUGCCUUCCUGGUUGCCAUUGUGUACAUUACUUACCAUAACAAGAGAAAGAUUGUGCUGUUGGCUCAAAGUAGACGAUGGAAAGAUGGCUUAUGCUCAAGGAGCGUGGAAUAUCACAGGCUGGACCAGAAUGUUCAAGAUGCCAUGCCAUCACUCAAAAUGACAAAUGAUUACAUUUUCUGAACCAGCUGGACAAACUUGUAAUGCUCUCUUUUAGUGUGAAAAACUGCUUUAAUUAAAGGUGUUGCUAAUUUAUUACAUUGUACUUGACAGGAGCUGUUAAAAGCACCUGAGAGGUCUAAUUUUAAAUAGUACACAUUGAUGUUAAAGUUGACUACUUUUUAGUUCUUAAACUGAGCUCUCUAUGUACCUCGGUUACUACUAAAUGUAUAGCUUGCAAUAUGGAAUUCCUGUUUCUGUAUAAUAUUGAUUCUUUAUCGUCAAAAUAAAUCGGAAUAAUAUGCAUAUCAAAUGCUUCAAUUGGCUUCCAAAUUUUACAACUAGAGUUGCAACGAGAACAUUUUGCCAAGUCAAACACAUCUGUUUUUCUCUACAUCUAUGUGAGAUUCAGUUAGACAAUUCUAAAUACCGUUUCCAGAUUUAACAUUAUAAUCGAAUAAAAAAGUACUCCAGUUUGCCUUAUUAGUGAAGUGUUGUAAAGGCGUUAUGUAGUAUAGUACACUUGGAUUUUGGGUUUGUAUGUUUCUGUUCUAUAAAAUAAGAAAGCAAUAGAGAUCUAGUGUAAUUAAAUGAAGGUGUGAAGGUAAAGCAGUGGAGUAAUGCCUCUGGAGGUACAGAUAUAUAUCAUUUUAAUGUGAGGACUUUGUUGGGAUUGUAGGAAACAUGUUUUGGUUUUUAUAUAAAUAUGUUUUUUUAUUUUUUUUGCCAAGGUGAUUUGUGGCCAUAUUGGAAUACUUUUUUUUUUUUAAGUCAGCCUUAGCAAACAAAUUUAAACAUCUUAUCAAUGACUUAUUAUAUGUAAUCAGUACAGUUCCUAUUUUCUGUACAUUGUUUUUUUUUUCUUUUUCAUGAUGUACUUUCUAUUUAUAACACAACCAUUUAAUGCUUGUGUUCUGCUCAAAUUGUGGAAAAUGUAAGACAAUUGUACAUAAUGCAGAUUUGAAGCACGGUGUAGUGUAAGUUAUAGUAUUUCUACAAGUUGUAAAUACAAAUUAAAACAAUAUUUUCUAGUUAAUUAGCAUGAGUAUGAAACUUGUGGUGCAUGGUACUGCAGUAUAGGUUUCAAAGCAGAUUUAAUGGGCAGUCUUUUCAAAAGAAAUGUUUAAAUUGUUAAAAAUAUAUUGACAAAAGCACACUUGUAAAUGAGACUUUAAAUGUGUUACAGUACAUCUUAAAGCUGUGUUUUCUUUUCAAAUAAAUAUAAUCAAUGCUUUA